CAGAAAUACAUAAAUAGGAUCUCAUCUCUAUUUCUCAAUCUUUUUCUUUCACUUUUCAUCAAUCUUUACAGCAAAGAUGGUUCAAUUCCUUAGUUCAGCUUAUUACAGUACUGCUCAAGAGCUCGUAAAUUUGGCAAGUACCUGUAAAAACAUCACAGCUGGCCCUGAUCUCUAUCAGUUGUACUGUCAAUCGACGUCUGAUCCCAUCGGUAGCUGUUACUCUUUGCCUUCAAAAUACCUAAAUAGGGAUGGAAGUCUGGAUUGCUUCAAGGUCACUACCGAAUCUUUUCUUACAAUGAUAUAUCAAACAACAGGAAACGUGUGUGGUAUACACUGUUACUAUCCUACAUCCUUUAAUAUCCCUUCGAUAUCUAUCCCUAGUUUUAAUAUCCCAACCUACACUUAUCCAAGCCAAACAAUUACCGCUCCUUCAUCCAAAUCAGCUAUUGGUACCCCACCAGCUACCACUCAACAACCUUCUGCCUUUGAAACGUUCAGUAUCGCUGCUCCUGCUUCAGGCAAUGCUCAAAGCACUCCCAAUGCAAACACCAACACUAACAACAACAGCGGCAAUAAUGGAAAUUCCCCCGCCAAUGGUCCUUUCGUUGGUGGUGGUCUUCUCUCUAGUUCUCACACUAUAGGUCCAAACUUUAUUCUUACUUUUAUGGUUCUUUUCUUAAUGAUGAGCAUCUUUACACGAAGGCUUAUGUAAAUAUUUAACUUUUUUUAAUAUUGUAUUUGUAUA